AUGAAGGAUGGAGAAUCGGUGAAUGAGUAUUUUGGAAGAACUCUCAUCAUAGCCACCAAGAUGAGAAAGAAUGGAGAAAGAAUGGAAGACGUGAUAAUCAUUGAAAAGAUCCUGCGAUCCAUGACUCCGAAGUAUGAUUAUGUUGUGUGCUCCAUUGAGGAGUUGAAUGAUUUGGAUUCUUUGUCCAUCGAUGAACUUCAAAGCAGUCUUUUGGUGCAUGAACAACGGAUAAGCUUACAUACUGUGGAUGAACAAGCAUUGCAAGUCACUCACGAAAGAGGUGGAGGUUGCAAUGCUUACAGUGGAAGAGUGGGAGUGCCCCAAGAAGGAAAAGAUUCUAGAGCAAACUUUGCAGAGACAAGUGAAGAGAUGUUGUUGAUGGCAUAUGUGGAUGUCGACAAGUCUGAUAAAGAUCAUAUUUGGUUCCUGGAUUCGGGUUGCAGCAACCAUAUGUGCUGCAAAAGGGAAAUAUUUUCUGAUUUAGAUAGCAACUUUAGGGAAUCCGUGAAGCUGGGGAAUGAUUCAAGUCUCACUGUGCUAGGGAAGGGUAAUAUUCGAAUGGAGGUAAAUGGGAUUGUGCAAAUAAUCACUGGAGUUUUCUAUGUAAUAGAGUUAAAGAAUAACCUACUGAGCAUUGGCCAGCUACAAGAAAAGGGCCUUGCUGUGCUCAUGCAACAAGGAAAAUGCAAGAUCUUUCAUCAUGAGAAAGGCCUAAUCAUGGAGACUGAGAUGUCAUGUAAUCGAAUGUUCACUAUUGUUGCGCCUAUUCUUAACAACUAA